CUUGAUUGACUUGUGUGUUACCAUUCUGCUUGUUGGCAGCUCUGGUCGCAUGGUCAACUGCAAGAGCGCCAGUCCUCCGACAUCCGUCCACACCACUUGAGCGAAGCUACGCCGAAGGAGAACCACACGUUGCUAGUUGCCAGUUGCCAGUUGCCAUUUCACCUUUCCACCAUUCGCAUCAUUCCAAUUGCAUCUGAACAAUCCCGCGACCGAACAUUCGUACUUGAAUAUCGAAUCACGCGACCGCAACGGCAUGAGAUAGCCAUCCUUGCUGCCACGCAACCCCGACGCCUCCUCCCCAAGUCGCCAACAUGGCGCAUCCACACACUCGCUCUGCGCCAUCGAGAAUACGAUGGCAGUCUCUAUUAGCCAUACCGGCCUUGCUAGCCUCAAUAUGCCUGCCGACCGCAUACGCACAGACAGUACCCAAGACGGCCGCCGACUACUAUGUCCAUGAUCUGCCUGGAGCGCCUGCAUCUCCUCGACUGGACAUGUGGGCCGGCCAUGUUGAGAUCGCGCCAGCCAAUCAUGCCAAUCUCUUCUUCUGGCUGUUCAAGAACAGGCAUAUUGCAAACAGGAGUCGCCUAGUACUUUGGCUGAAUGGUGGACCAGGCUGCAGUUCUAUGGAUGGAGCGCUGAUGGAGAUUGGUCCGUACAGAGUACAAAAGGACGGGAAAUUGAGAGUGCAGGAGGGUAGCUGGGAUGAAUUCGCGAACGUACUAUUCGUGGACCAGCCCGUUGGCACUGGCUUCAGUUACAGUGACACCAAUGCAUACGUGAAGGAGAUGAGUGAGAUGGCCAGCCACAUGGUGACCUUCUUGGAGAAAUGGUUUGACAUAUUUCCCGAGUACGCGCAUACAGAUAUCUAUAUUGCAGGCGAGUCCUACGCAGGACAAUGGAUACCCUACGUCGCAGACGCCAUGAUCAAGCGCAAUAAACAGCACAUGAACGACGAAUGGCCGCUCAAAGGUCUUCUCAUUGGAAACGGCUGGAUCUCUGGUCCUGACCAAUACCCCUCUUUUGUUCCUUUUGCCUUCGAGAAUAACCUCUUCGCCAGCGGAUCCGAAGCCGAGAAAUCUGUUCUGGAAAAGCAAAAGGCUUGCAUUGCGGAACUCGACAGGGGCGCAAAGGAUCAUGUUGACUCCGGUAUCUGUGAAGAUAUCAUGCAGGACAUUCUCAAGCACACCCAGAAUGACCAAGGCUGCGUGAACAUGUACGAUGUCCGACUUCGCGACUCCUAUCCGAGCUGCGGCAUGAACUGGCCUCCGGAUCUCGAAUACGUCAAACCCUACCUCCGCCGCGACGAUGUCCUGAAUGCUCUGCACGUCAACAAAGAUAAGAACACAGGUUGGGUGGAAUGCAACAACCAGGUCUCACAAGCUUUCGUCGCCAAGCAUUCUGCGCCAUCCGUCACGCUCCUCCCCGACCUCCUGGCCCAAGUGCCCAUCGUCCUCUUCUCCGGAGACAAGGAUAUGAUCUGCAACCAUGUCGGGACGGAAAAUCUCAUCAACAGCCUGGAGUGGAACGGGGCAAAAGGCAUGGAACUCUCCCCCGGCGUCACCGCUCCACGCCGUGACUGGGAGUUCGAAGGCGAACCAGCCGGUCAAUACCAGACUGCCCGCAACCUAACCUAUCUCCGCUUCUACAACUCCUCCCACAUGGUCCCCUUCGACUAUCCCCGGCGAACCCGAGAUAUGCUCGACCGCUUCAUGGGCGUCGACAUCGCUUCCAUCGGCGGCAUCCCAGCCGACUCCCGCAUCGACGGCGAAAAGGGUGUCGAGGUCUCCGUCGGCGGCCACCCCAACUCCACCGCCGCCGAAGAAACCGAAAAAGCCCGUCUCCUAGCCGCGAAAUGGGAAGCUUACCGCCGCUCCGGCGAAGUGGUCCUCUUCAUCGUCAUCGUCAUCGCAGGAAUCUGGGGCGUGGUCGUCUGGCGCGGUCGAAGAUCGCGAAAAGGCUAUAGGAGUGUUUUCUCUUCAGAUCCAUACGAUGGCAGUAAUGGCGGUUUGGGUCUCGACGCUCGCGCGAGUAAAGUUGAAAGAGAUGUCGAAGCUGCGAGGGAUUUUGACGAGGCGGAAUUAGACGAUUUGAGUAAAGCUGAUCAAAGACAUUAUCGAGAUGUUGAUCGCGAUCGUUUUGGGAUUGGAGAUGAUUCGGAUGAUGAUGGUGCUGAUGGUGCUGGUGGGGGGCCUGCGAGGGCGAAUGGACAUGCAUAGUAAGGAGUCAGGGGAUCCGGAGUUGAAUGUGUGCAGGUGUAGAUGUUUCCUUCUGACAU